AUUUACUUUUCCAUUUGCGUAACUAAGACAACUCAACCUUAUUAUACCUCUUCGGCUUCUUCCCGAAGACAUAAGUUAGUACAAUAUCACAUGUAUGUCUUGUAUUACUCUUAUAUGUGUGCACGUAUUUUACCACUAAGUAUAGGAUCAUACACACAAUGAUUCGUUACCAACUAUCCGGAUGGUGGUACCUCUUGUUUUGAUAGGUAUCCCCAUGAGCGACCAUUCUUGGGCGAGCCAAGAUACAAUAGUGUUAUCGAUAAGGAAAAAAUAGUCAACUGCCAACUUGAAUGCCAAGAACGUUUGUUUUGAGCCAAACCCAAUUGGCCCAUGCUUAUGCUUCUCUAAAAGGCUAACAACUAUCCUGGUAAUACCGAGGCCAAAAAUAAUUGGAAAUUGGAAAUGCUGCUGCAGAGCCGAACUUUGGGGUGGACUCGGGAAGGAAAGAAGAACCCACGACGUGACAACUUACACCGAGUUGGGUUUUCACUUAUUCUUUCUGGAGAAUUGCCAAGUAGGCGGGAUAGCCCAAUUGCCUAAAUUUUUAAUUUUUGUUUCACUCAUUCGUCUCUACUCAACGCCGUUGUCCUGACAUUGAUCCCCCUUAUGUGCGGCGUCUCGCGAUUUGCGGGGCCUUGAUCUGCCUAAUGAUUCCCGUCACGGCGCGCCGCUCCUAGACAUCUGAAAACCAUACGUCGCGAUCAUGGCUGCCCCAACUCGCGACCCUGCUGCACACCGAAAACGAAGGCGGAGAAGACAAGACAAGCCUGCUAUUUCAGCAAGAUUGGUCUUGGACAAUCAUGUGAAAGGAGAUAUUGGCAUUUUAUCCGAUGAUCUAUUCGCUGAUUUGUUUCCUCACUUACAAGAUGAUACUAGCGAUAGUGAAACCAGCCAAAUUCCCGACAUCUAUCACGUUGCUAUUGCCCCGUGGACACCGUCUUCGAGUCCUCACCGAACGAAUUGGACCAUAGUUCCCGUCGCCAAAUCCACCGCCCUUGCCCACUCCACCGUCCAGUUCUCUCCUUCGUCUCUAGCUUUGCAAAGUUUUGCGACGACGCUGCAGCAGCUUGCACCCUCUAAGCUUUCUAGUCAUAGUAGAAGUGGUAUUGAAAUACUGGUGUUGGAUGUGGCAGCCCUCCCUCUGGAUACCGUCUUCGUAAACCUCGAGAGCGAACUCGUGAAACGACUUGAAAAUGGGGAGGGAACUUUCUUCACCGAUCAUCCAUCUGGCAAGAAGAAAGCCUCUGCAGGGCGUGAGACUCCGACGGAUCAGCUAGCCGCUGCGCUACGUAUUGCUUUGGGAACCUUGAAGGUUGUUCACAACGGAGAUCUCUUCCCUCUUCCGUUACCACCUCAUCCUAUCACACAUGUUCCUCCUACACCAGGCAAAGUAACACUAUGUGAGCCAGUGGCACAAGGUGUUCUAGCACCAACUACGAAAAUUAUAUUAACGAGAGGUCACGGGCAGUCGAAGCCGGCCAGAGCCUCUAUCACGUCACCACAGGCUCUAAACAACGUUGAACAAGAAGAUGACGACACCGCGACCGACCAAUUUUACUCUGCCGCCGAGGAACGUGCCAAACCAGAUACGCAAAAUGAUACGUCAGAGUUCGCUACAGAGACCGAGACAGAGGCCUCAGAACCUGAAAACGAAGACGAGCUCUCGGAUGAUUCAAUGGACGAGAUCAUUUCUCUUCAAGCCCCGACGUUACCAACGACAAAUGCUAGUGGCAUCUCUACCAUGGAACCGGGAACACCAAUGACAAUGACAAUUGGGCGGGGAAGGAAAACAAAUGGCAUUCAUACUCCUACUUCAGUCUUCUCUAGCUUCACUGCUACUACUGCCCGUCCGGAUCGUCCUAAGGGCCGCCUUUUCAAAGCUCAUGGCUUGAUGAACGCAAUACCAAAGGAACUACUUCAUCCUAAGCCGACGGCCGAAGACGACGCAGAAUUACGGGUAUACGUGGACAUUAACUCUUUGACUAGAAUAGGAUGUUUUUCCGGAGAUUGGGUCCGACUUGAGGCCUCGGAAGAACCCCCAACGAACGGCAUUGGCCUCUUCGGUCUAGGUAGCCUCGGCCAACCCGGGAUGGAAGAGCCGGUAUGGCGGCCAGCCAAGGUCUAUGGGCUUCCUGAGGGCUAUUCCCACCGACCCAUGACUAGAAUUCCAAGUGCGAAACAUGAUCACAUCAAUCGACGGCCGUCAUUUUUUGAAUCUCAGAUCCAAAAGCAGGCCGGCCCUGGCGCAUACAUGUCUCCUAUUCUCCUCGCAAACUUAGACAGCGCGCCUUAUGUUCGUUUAUCGCCACUAAAAAGAAUGGCGCAACCACCAAGGCCAGGUCAGCCAAAGAUUACUGGAUCUUCCCGUCCUCCAUAUGCUCGAGAUGUCACCCUCCAGCAAAUACGGACGCCCGUCUCUUCCGAGAAAGCUCUCCAGACCGCCAUAUUUGGUGGCUUGAAGGACCACUUCUCACGCAGUAUACGUGUUGUUAAGUCUGGCGACAUCGUCGGAAUACCCAUCGACACGCAACUUGGACGAACCCUUCAAGAAUCAACUAGUUCUGGUGAUGGCGUUGGAAUUGACGAUAUAGUAGCCCUUGCAACUUCAAAUAGGCCUGGCAUUGGCGCUACGUCGAAACCCGACGGCGUUGCUUGGUUCAAGAUUGCUCAUAUAGAACGUCAGAAAUCUGAGCCAACCGACGAAGACGAAGAAGAUAUUUGGGGUGGGGUGGCUUGUGUUGAUAGUUCUUCUACUCAGAUUGCUCAAUCUGGCGGUACUACUAGCACUGUCCCAGGCACAAAGGACAGCAACUGGCCAUUCUACUUGGGCGUCGAAGAAGCUCCUCAGCCAACAUCUAAUCCCCUCUCUUCAGUAGUCCAGCAACAAGCAAGGUUUACACCGCCUCUGCGAAGACGACUAAGGGAAUUAAUAGCGGCCGCUACGAGUAAACGGGCUGUUCAUCUGAAGAUGCCCCCGAUUGCAGUUCUAUUAGUGUCAACCCAGCGUAACAUUGGUAAGGCUACCAUUGCUGCCGGUGCCUGUGCAGACAUUGGCCUUCACACGUUCACCAUCGACGCUUAUGACAUUGUUAACGAGAGCGGGGCUGGAGGGAGUGACGUCAAAACAGAAGGAUUCUUAAAAGCCCGAGCGGACCGUGCCAUGAGUUGUGGUUCCGAAUGUUGUGCUCUUCUCGUCCGACACAUUGAAGCGCUCACGGCAGAUAGAAUGGUAUCUGCUAUGAAAGAAAUACUCAGCGACGCUAGAGUAUUGAUCGCGACAACAACUGAAGUCGACAAGGUGCCAGACGGCAUUAGGGGCCUUUUCACUCACGAACUUGAAAUGAGUGCUCCUGAUGAGGGUGAACGUGAAGGCAUUUUAAGGUCUAUAAUACAGAACCAAGGGGUGUCUUUAGCGCCUGAAGUUGAACUAAGUGGUGUGGCUAUCAAAACUGCGGCCUUGGUUGCUGGCGAUUUGGUGGACGUGGUUGAGCGCGCGAUAGUUGCACGUGAUUCACGCCUUGAAGUAUUAUCAACAAAGGCUUCGAGCGAUAAUUCAGUGGUUACCGUCCGUGACAUACAAGUGGCGGGAGGCUCAUCUGCAAGGUGUUUGACCAAGGCUGAUUUCGAUAUCGCCGUGGACGCAGCACGGAAGAACUUCGCAGAUGCUAUCGGAGCACCCAAGAUUCCUAAUGUUACCUGGGACGAUGUCGGAGGUCUCAACAAUGUGAAGGAGGCAGUUAUGGAAACGAUUCAAUUGCCCCUAGAGAGGCCGGAGUUAUUCGCCAAGGGAAUGAAGAAGCGCUCCGGCAUCUUGUUUUAUGGACCUCCUGGUACUGGAAAGACACUACUGGCCAAGGCUAUUGCUACAGAGUACAGUCUGAAUUUCUUCAGUGUCAAGGGUCCCGAAUUGCUCAACAUGUAUAUCGGAGAGUCCGAGGCCAAUGUUCGCAGAGUUUUCCAACGAGCUCGAGAUGCGAGGCCUUGUGUUGUCUUCUUUGAUGAGUUGGAUUCAGUGGCUCCGAAGCGAGGAAAUCAGGGCGAUAGUGGUGGCGUAAUGGACCGAAUCGUCUCACAACUUCUCGCAGAAUUAGACGGUAUGUCCGGCGGGGAUGAUGGAGGUGGUGGUGUGUUCGUCAUUGGCGCGACAAACCGACCGGAUUUGCUUGAUCAAGCAUUGUUACGUCCUGGUAGAUUCGACAAGAUGCUCUACCUGGGUGUAUCCGACACGCACGAUAAGCAACUCAAGAUCAUGGAAGCUCUAACAAGAAAAUUCACACUCCACCCAUCUGUCUCCCUGACUACUGUCGCAGAGCACCUACCCUUUACAUAUACCGGUGCCGAUUUCUAUGCGCUGUGUAGCGAUGCCAUGUUGAAGGCGGUUACACGACAGGCUUCUCUAGCGGACGCCAAGAUCCGCGCCAUCAAUGCGGAUCGUGAACAGGCUGGCCAACCCCUCAUAUCCACCGCCAAUUUCUUCGAUCACCAUGCUUCUCCCGAUGACGUCGCUGUCACCGUUACUGAACAGGAUUUCCUCGAUGCAAAUAGGGAACUCAUUCCUAGUGUUAGCGCCGGUGAACUCGCUCAUUACGAGAAAGUUAGGACAACAUUUGAGAAUCAAGACAGUAAACAGCAGCAACAGCAGCAACAGCAACCGGAGGAUAUUGAAACGCCUAAAUUUAUGUUUGAUGGACCGGCGCCUAGGUCAGUAUCGGGGAGCAAAAGCAAGGGUAAAGCCGUGGUAACUCUCGGUAAUGGGAAGGGAAAAGGAAAAGCCGCCGCUACCGCCAGCGACGAUGGCACAGACGAGGAUGAAGAGGCUGCCUACGGAAGCUACGGGGGAAGUGUAAAUGGGAGGUCCAAGGGGAAGGGCAAGGCGGUUGCCAGGUUCCAGGAUGGGACCGCGAGUGAUGAUGAUGGAUUAUAUUAAACCAAGCCGGGAUAUAAUGAUAUGAAUUCGCAUUGAAUCAUGUUGGUCGAGUAAAAAAAGUUGGAUGGGAGCGUUCCGUUCUUACCAGUUUGAUGUAUAGGGGAGAAAUAUGAUGAGGCAAGUAGAUAUGGUAUAUGGUAUAUACUAUUAAUAUGGAGAGGAAUCAUCUCGCCAGAGAAC